AUGACUGGGGCAUAGCGAUGUUUUAUGUUAUGUGUGGGUAAAUUGGUGGAGGGAAAUAUGUGUGUAAUCCAGUGUAAUCUGUAAGGUAAUUAAUUAUGUGUGAUUGCUGGCUGGCUGUGUGGACUGCGUUGGAACUCCUUGAAUGGACAAAUCGCACACAGCUUGUUAAUUGAAAGAUUGGGACGGUGGCGGGAACAAUCCUUUUUAUACGGGACGUCCCUGACCGGGAGAGGACUCGUUUUCCCAGGGGGCUCGAGAGGAGUGGCGUCAUCACGCUGCGACAGAGGAGCAACGAAAUGACAACAAUCCUUCAGCAGCCGAUCGGUGCGGGAGAAGAGCAUGUUUACAUGCCGACUUAAGGGAAGUGCUUUCUCCUGCUUCUGUAUGCCUGUGAGAAUGGGCCAUCAAGGGGUAUUUCGGUGUGUGAGAAUGUGUUUUGUCUCCUGGAGGCACAGAUCUGAAAGCAGUAGCCGACGCAAACCCGGAAGUGGCAUCGUAGAGGGAGAGGGAGUGCAACGCGAGUGAUCGCCUACUUAGAGGAAAGUAAUUUAUACCAUUGUCUAAGCUGGAGUGAGUGGGCUGACUUGCGGUUGUAUGUGUGGACUGAGUUUCUCCCUUUCUUCGGCAGCGUAUGGGUGUGCAGUGGAGCGGUAGGCAACUGGAACGCAGGCUACCGAGAGCCAGUGGAUCGCCGUCGCCCCGCCCCCUGAAGACUGGACUGUGCUAAGGACACUGGUUGGUGGGGCUGCGGUUGGUGUUAUUGACUGUGCUGGUUUUGACUUUUUAUUUUGGUCGGCGUGGGGGACUGCCGCCGACCAAAUUUGAUUAACUCUUCCCUCUAUCUGGUCAGACAGUAGGCCUACACCCGCUCAGAGGGGUGGGCUAGGACCUCGCAAGCACCUCUUAUUAAUGUACGGGUUUUGUUGGGUGGGGCUGUAAGCUUAGUAGUUAGGAGGCAUGUAUGUGCAGGACGGGAAAGGGUGACUAUUUAAAAGUGUGGCAUUGUGUGGAACUGUUGUGCUGAUUCUCCCAUUUUCACCUGUGUGAAUAUCCUUGUAGUGACUGUAUGUGUGGCAGGGUCCUGGGAUUUGGUAUCCCCUGAGUGGUGUUACAGCACUUAUUUUUCUUGUGUUUUCAUAUGAGUUGUGGUUUUCUAUGUGGAUGUAUAGUGUGGACCUUUCUGACUGCAUUUUAUGUGUGGCUCCUAAAUUACUAACGGGGGGCUGGUAAUGCUAAUCUCUUCGUUCAGAGGUACGCCUGAUGUACAUGUGGGCGGGCGGGAUUCAUGUUGGUGUAUUGCUGAGGUGCUGCUCAUUUUGCUGAAUGUGUGUGGCUGCUGACCCUUGUAAUAAAAUUUGUAGCUGUGAUCUGACUCAGUCUGGUGUUGUGUGUCUCAGAGGGGAUUGCACCUGUGUUUAGAUAGACGGCACAACAUUUUGGCGUAGUUCGGCAGAUCCCCUCUCAAGACACAGCACCAUGUCUGACGAAGAAGCCGGGGGUGCGGCAGCAGCCAAUAGCAUGAUGAUGGUUCCUUGGUUUUUGGGUGGGCCCUGGGUGCCCAAGUAUGGGGGAAAGGGUAGUCCGUUACCUUUUUCUGAGUGGCGGAGUCAAAUGGAGGUAUAUCUGCGGGCCCAGACAUUAACAGCCGCACAGAGAGUCGACUUUGUAAUGAGUGCUUUGCAGGGGGAGGCCAAGAGGGAAAUGUUGCUACUCAUAAGUACAGACAGGGAGACUGAUGCUCAAAUUUUCAUGGCCCUUGAGAAAUUAUAUGGGGAGAAUGUGAGUAUUAGUCAGCUCAGAUCUCACUUUUUCAAGUGUCAGCAGCAAACCGGGGAAGGGGUGGGGCCUUUUAUCUUACGCCUCCGUGAGUCCCAUUCCAGAUGGCGCAGCAAGGAGGCAGCGACUGGGUCAGACGACGAGAUGUUGAGGAGCCAGCUGGUACUGGGGCUGCUGCCAGGGCCUGUACAGACUGAACUACAGCGCCGGGUGCGACGAGAGAUGGCCCUUACUUUCGAGGGGGCCUGUGGUGAGGCUAAAGCCAUGGAGAAGGAGACCGAACGAGCCGCCAUAGAGAGCAUUGACACCAGGCGGACAUACAACACCCCCCCUCAGCCCAACCUCCCCAGCACCUCAAACCCACUACAUGAUUGGAGCAAGAUGAAGGAGGCGUUGCGAGCUGAGCUAGCGGAAGAGCUACGAGCCCAGGUAACCGAUCUAAAGACCUCACUGCUGGCAGAGAUGAGAUCGCACCGAGCUACCCAGCGACAGCCAGACCAACCAUUGGGUGGAGAGCAGGGGGCCAAUCGCAUUCAGCGGCGUGCAAGACAACCUCAAUGGGAUGACCAGGGCCGUCCGAUCUGUCUGCGGUGUGGAAAGGCGGGGCACAUGCAGCGUGAUUGUCAGCCUAUGGAGAUGACCAACACACGAAGGGUGGCUGAUGAAGGAGGACCGGUAACGGUGCCCAUGCGUGCAGCCCUGGUGGGGGAAAGCCCGGAGGUCGAAGUCCUCGUUCAAGGAAGACGGGUCCCCUGCAUUCUGGAUACAGGGUCGCAGGUGACCCUGUUCAGCCAGGGCCUGUUUCAGAGCCACCUACAAGACACAGAACUGAAAGAGGUAAGCGACAUCCCCUGGCUUAUAUUAAAGGCAGCUAAUGGGCUGGCCCUGCCCUAUGUUGGCUAUGCAGUGCUUGAUUUCGAAGUGUGUGGUGUGACUGUGCCGGGUAAGGGGGUGGUUGUGGUGGAAGAUAAAUAUCUGCCCCCAGCCUAUGGAAUAUUGGGCAUGAACGUUAUCCAACAUUGUUGGGAGGGCCUACGGCAGCGGGGGGGGCACCAUUUCACGCUUUUUAAGUCUACCCUCCCCAGGGCAGCUGUGGUGGCCUGGGACCGGGCGUUUGCUGCCUGCCGAAGGAUUGAAGCAGCUGAACACCGGGGACCCAGCCUCGGGGUGGCCCGGUUGCGCACAACCAACCCAAUCCAGCUGGCGCCACAGACUGAGACAGCAGUGUGGGCCCAUGUCCCUGGGGCCGUUAAAACCAGUCAGGAGGAUGUCCUACUCGAAGAUUGCUACCAGGGCGGGCAAGAGUGGUGUGUGGGCCGUGCGGUGGCCCGACUGCAAGAUGGCAAAGUACUGCUGAGGGUGUGUAACCCGCAUCCCUACCCAGUGGUGCUUCCCCCUCGACGACCCUUAGCACGUGUCCUACGCCUGGAAAGGGAUGAUGUCCAAGCGCCGAAUCAGUUGGUUCUCCGGCGAGAGACUGAGGCAGUGGUGGAGGUGGAUGUAAGGCCAGUGAGUGGUUCCCUUCCUACCUGUUUGGCUACUCUGCUUCAGGGGGCCGAUGGGCUGACGCCUCCCCAGUCCGGCCAGCUUCGGGGUGUGCUCGAGCAUUGGCAGAAGGUGUUUGCCCAAAGUGAGGAGGACCACGGCCGUACUGAGGCUGUCUAUCACACCAUCCCCACAGGAGACGCUGCUCCGAUUCGCCAGCGCUACCGACCAGUGCCACCCAACCUCUACAACGAGCUGAGGACGCUACUGCGUGAUAUGUUAGAGGGAGGGGUUAUUCGUGAAAGCGCCAGUCCGUGGGCAAGUCCAGUAGUCUUGGUGAAAAAGAAGGACCAGUCAUGGAGGUUCUGUGUUGACUACCGGAAGUUAAAUGCGGUCACACAUAAAGACGCCUAUCCUCUCCCCAGGGUGGAGGAGUCCCUGACCAGCUUGAAGAAGGCUGAAUGGUACUCCACUCUUGACCUUGCCAGUGGGUACUGGCAGGUGGAGGUCCUGCCUGCUGACAAAGAGAAAACAGCCUUUGCGACUCCACUCGGCCAUCUGGAGCAGGUCUUCGCCAAGUUGCACGAGCACGGCUUAAAACUACAACCUGCCAAAUGCCGGCUGUUCCAGCGUUCAGUACAGUACCUCGGCCAUGUGGUGACCCCAGGGGGGGUGGCCACCGACCCGGAGAAAACGGAAGCAGUGCGGAAGUGGCCCACACCCACAAACAUCCGGGAGGUUCGCUCAUUCCUUGGAUUCGUCGGUUACUACCGCCGGUUCAUUCCGGCGUUUGCGCGGAGGGCUGGGCCGCUGCAUGCGCUGCUGAGGGGAACCGGAGGGGGUAAGACGCGAUCUAUCGACUGGAGUCCGGAGUGUGAAAAGGCCUUCCAGGACCUUAAAGAGUCAUUACUGAGGGCCCCUGUCCUGGCUUAUGCGGACUUUUCUCUUCCGUUUCGCCUCUAUACCGAUGCCAGCUUGCACGGACUGGGGGCGGUGUUGGCUCAGGUCCAGGAGGGCCGUGAGCGUGUGAUUGCCUAUGCCAGCCGUGGACUCCAUGAUGCUGAGAGAAACGAUCAGAACUACAGCGCUUUUAAGCUGGAACUCUUGACAGCUAAGCUGGGAGCGGUGGAGCAGAGGUGGCAGGCUCAGCUGGCAAAUUACAACUUCACUCUGCGGCACAAGCCAGGGGCUGAUCAUCGGAACGCGGAUGCACUGUCCAGGCUCCCAGAGACUACGGCAGCGAGACUCGUUGAGGCACUGGAGCCAGGACGGGGCGACUCCGAACGGGACUCGUGGGUGGAGCGCCAGGGUCGGGACCCGGAGCUAGCCAAGAUUCGACAGUGGCGGCAGCAGGGAAGUAGACCAACCGUACGAGAGCGGCAGGCCCUCGAGCCUACUGGGAGGCAGCUGCUGGGAGAAUGGGAGAGGCUGGAGGUGCAAGAGGGUGUGCUGGUGCGGCGACACCCCUCAACCACUGGGCGUGACAAGGUGGCAAUCGUGGCCCCAGCGGCUGAAAGGAGAUCGUUGUGGGGCCAGUAUCACCUCGCUCUGGGCCAUGCUAAGGGCUUCCGGCUCCUGACAGCGCUGCGGGAGCGCCUUUUUUGGAUCGGGAUGACCAAGGACAGCCACAGGUGGGCGCAAGAGUGUCAUCAGUGUGUCCUCGGCCGAGCGGACGCUGGCCCAAGGGCUCCCUUGUGUUCCAUUGAGAGUGGCUACCCCUGGGAGACCCUUGCCCUGAACUAUCUAUCCCUUCGGCGCCCUGGGGAUAGCCAUCCGUAUAUACUGGUGAUGGUUGAUCUCUUCUCCAGAUUUGCUUUUGCUGUGCCCACAACCGACCAGACGGCGGCUACCACUGCACGGGUGCUCUGGAGGACUGUUUUGCAGCCCUUUGGAUGUCCGGAACGCAUUCUGACUGACCGGGGCCCAUCGUUUGAAGCGGACUUAAUCCAGCAAAUGUGUGCGCUGUACGGGUGCCGGAAGGUGAGGACGACGCCUUAUCAUCCGCAGGGUAACGGCGCUUGCGAGCGGAUGAACCAGACGAUCAUUAGGUUGUUGAACACUUUGCACCCAAGAGAACACUCUCGAUGGACGGAACAUCUUCCAGGGCUUGUGCAUGCAUACAACAACACACCACACAGUGUGACCGGUCUGGCUCCCUUCUCUGUGGUGUUCGGGCGUCAUGCUCGCCUUCCAGUGGACCUAGCAGCAGGGUUGGUCAGGCCGGAGCAGCGAGCCACCCCGCAGGACUGGGUCCAACAGCACCAUGACCGCCUCCUGGACGCGUACCAGCUGGUGAAAGAGCGAACGCAGCAGCGGCAACAGCAGGAUCAAGGCCGGCUUAAUCGGGGCCGACGGGCACCACCCCUGUUGCCUGGAGAGAGAGUCUUGGUGCGGGAUUUCCGUCGGAGGGCACGAGGCAAGUUGGGCUAUCACUGGGAUCCCCAUCCAUAUGUGAUCCAGAGCCAACCCAGGAAGGAUCGUCCGGUCUAUGUGAUCUGUCCGGAGGGACAAGACGGGCCCUUACGCACCAUCCACCAGAAUAACCUGUGUGUUCAACCCAGCAGCUGGCCACAUGGGGCUCAGGGGGGCAUAGGAGGUAGAUAA